CAACCUCAUUCCAGUCUGAGGGUUAAUGGGCGAGCUCUCACUCUAUGUGCUAUUUAUCCUCUUGACAACUGCGACACAACACCAUUUUGUUCUUACAUGCUGAAUUUACAGGACAUUUUGAAUCAUAAAGGAGUAACUCAAUGGAUUAUUAAUUAUGAGGGGUUGAGGAGAGAGAGAAUUAUCUCUUUUUGAGGAACUGUUGGAAAACUUUGAGUCACAAUGAUGGAACAGGAUGAAUCAAUGGACUUUAAAACCCUGAAGGAAAGGUUCCAGGGUGAAAAUGGUCUGAAGAUCCAGACUAAACCUGCUCUCCCAGAGAAACCCAAAACCAUCCCUCCGCUGCCAAAAGCCAGCAAUUCUUUGAUCUCAUCUAUCAAUAGUGCCGUGCAAAAAGGGACGUUGCAUGCACCACGAGUAGUCUUCAAAGAUGACAAAAAACUCAGUCGCCAGCUCUCUCCACCCUGGGGAUUGAAGACUAGAGAGAACCAGUCCAUUAAAAAUGCUGAACAUCCAAAUAAUAACCAGAAGGAGGUUAACACUUUUAAGCAGACUAUGAAAGACAGGAAUCUUCCACUGGUUCUGCCAGUAGGUCCCAAAAAUGCCGAAACCCCGGAGUCCGUAUCCAGUCCACUGACACCUGUGUCCGUUUCACCAUUCAAAGUGACAACACCCAAAAAGUUUGUAUUUACCCCUCAAAAAACUAGUAAAAAUGAAUGUGAGAAGUCCGACCCUGUGAAGGGGUACAGAAAAUCUUUGAAGGAUAGAAAACUCCCACUAGUUCUACCUGUGGCUCCAAAAAAAUCAGAAACCCCAGAGCCUGAUUCCAGCCCACUUACACCUGUACAAGUGUUCACACCCAAUCAUUUUGAAAUUACCGCUCAAAAAACUAGCAAAGAUGACAAUGCAAAGCCAGACACUGCUCAGGAGGUCAACAUUGUCAAAAAGUCUCUGAAGGACAGGAAUCUUCCACUCGUUCUGCCAGUGCCUGCAAUAAAAGCUGAUGCCCCAGAGCUUGAAUCCAGCCUUGCUACACCAGAUUCCAUUUCACCAGUCAAAGUGUCCACACCUAAGAAUUUUGUAUUUACCCCUCAAAAAACUAGCAACGAUGAGAAUGAGAAUGUAGACACUGCUAAGAAGGUCGACAUUGCCAAAAAGUCUCUGAAGGACAGUAAUCUUCCACUCGUUCUGCCAGUGGCUACAAUAAAAGCUGAUACCCUAGAGCCUGAAUCCAGCCCAUAUACACCUGUUUCCAUUUCACCAGUCAAAGUGUCCGUGCCCGAUAAUUUUGUAUUUGCAACUCAAAAAACUAGCGAAGAUGAAAAUGAUGCAGUGGAAAUCCCAACUCCAGCUAGUCGUACCCCUGCUCCAGGUAACUCGGUUCCUGCUGGCUCAUCUGUAACAGCCAGUCCUCCUAUGGAAAGUGUACCUGUUGUCCCUUCUCAGAGUUCAGCUGGAACACCACCUAUCCCCAACAUUCCUGCCCCAAGCAUUCCAGCUCCAGGUAUUCCGACCUCUGCCAGCCCUGACCCAAAGAUUCCAGAACCAGCAAUUCCAUCACCAAUUAUUCCCUCUCAAACUGUUCCUAAAUCAAAAAGUUCUAAGCCAGAUACCACUAUUUCAACUCCUCCUCACCCUGAACCUCUUAAACCAAACAUAAAUAUGCUCAGUUUAUCAGAAGUUUUUCCUCCCCCUGAAGGAAGUCCACCUCCGGAGUUCACGGAUAUUCCUCCCCCUGUUCUUUUUGGUGAUUUUCCUGAUGGAGACCUUACUGAGCAAGCUAUACCCACUCCAUCGAUCCGUACAUUUAUCGAACCAGCUCCCAAGAGUCCAGUUGUCUCCAGGUUAGCCUCCCCUGCCCCAUCCACCCCUACAGUGAUAUCCACAGAGCCCUUGGUGAUGCCCAUAGAGUAUACACCUGGUCCAGACUCAAGACUUAUAGUCUCAAGCCCUCUUCCAUAUAUUCAUUCUCCAGCUGCACCUGUCGAUGUGGUUCUUGAGAACGCAAAAGCUCUUAGUAACAAUACAGCUAUUAACAAAGAGAGCACUGAGGAUGACCAGUCCUCAUCCAAGACGCUUUCAGCCUUGGCGAGAGCGGAGGAGAUGGCCUCAGUUAAACGGACACCAAACGAUAGCCGAAUAUUUCGCUUUCUGGAAAGGGCUAAGAGAAAGAGCACAACCCCAAUUGAGACAGCUACUCCCGAGAUACCUCUGCCUGAAACUAUCACACCUCUGCCUGAGACUAUCACAACUGAGGUGACUCAACCUAAACUAGCUACACCUGAAACAGCCUCACCACAGUUUGCCACAACUGUAGAGCCAUUGCCUGAGAAAGCCCCACCUGUACCAGAAGGGUUUGAUAUACCUGAACUCCCCCCAGUUGAUUAUGUAGAUAAUACUCGGGUGCCAACUAAAACCAACCCGGCUGAAAGUGCCAAGGAUAAUGGCCUUGAUCACACGAUGGUGACAGUGGUCAAAAAUGUUCACCCCCCUCCCCCUCCGCCUAGGAAGGCUCUGCCAGCCAUACCCACUGUGGACCCUCCACUUGAGAAACCAACUCAGUCUCCUGCCAGAGACCUCCAGAUUCCCACAACACAAUUUGAACCUCUAGAAACACAAGAAGAUUCAAUACAUGACAACUCAUCUGGGGAUGUGUUUUAUGAAGAUUAUAAGGAACCCUUGGCUCCAACAGUUUCUACCUUUAGACCUCCAUCAAUCCCAUCAUCAGAUUCUAGUUCCAGAAGACCAGUUUCAGUUCAUGAGGAAGCAUUCCUGAAACAGUUGAGCCCAAAACAUCAGCUUCAAGAAAAUGCGCUUCUGAACACGUGGGAUAGAAACAUUGGGGAUGUGGAUUACGGGUCUGUGAACUCUGGCUCUCCAAAUCCAGACAGUCAAGCUGCUGUACCUCAGGACUCAAUGCGAAGCUCACCUACCUUAUCUCCAUCAGGGACCCUUGAAAGAGGUCACAGUGUUAAUGAAGAUCAAGCAAGCGGUAAAAAAGUCAAACCAAUAAAUAAUAAGAAACAGAAAGGACCUCCAAAGAAUCCAUAUGAUGAUUCAGCGGCUGUGGAGGCUCCACCUAAACGGUUGUUCUCCAGGAAGGACUCGGGAAAAGCGGCAAAUGAAAAAGAACUAAAGAAGAAAGAGAAACAGCGAGAAAAGGAAAAAGAGAAAGAGAAGGAAAGAGAAAAGAAGGAGCAGAAAGAAAGGGAAAAGAAGGAAAAUGAAAUGAGAAAAAAAUUUAAGAUCACAGGCCAGGAAGAGGCCAUGUAUCACGUUAAAGUGAUUGAGGACUGUAAGGGCCGUAAAAACGACCUUCCGGUGAAGGUUGGAGACACCGUGAGCAUCAUUCGUACCAACAACUGCCCUAAAGGGAAAUGGCUGGCUAAGGACAGCAACAACACAUACGGUUAUGUCCCGGUGGAGAGUAUGGAUAUGAACAUCAAUGGAAUUAUGGAGCUGGGGAAGAUGACAACAGCAUCUAACAGAUCCAACGGCAAUGCACACAAAAACACUGAGGAGCUCAGUACAAACAGCAGGACCUCAGAGCAUUAUGACAUGAACCAGGAAAGCUUCUCAGAAGACAGUGAGGAGUGGACAGUUGAUGAUGAUGAUGACCCUGUGUUUGGCUCUCCCAAUGAAACCUCACACAUAGGGCUGAAUCAGUCGCUGGCCACACCAGCUCAAGGUCCUGUCCGGCCAACUCAAACUGAUUCAGCUUACAUGAACGUCCAACCAAAACAAGAAGCCCUUCAAAGACUAUCCACAUUCUUUAUGACACCCUCUCAACUUCUCCCGCAAGACAGCAACCCAAUAAUGCCAGAGCCUGAAGCAGCGCACGAAGAGGAUCCUGACAGCUUAAAUCAACAGGAAGAAAAUCUAGAAGUUUCAGAACUGCAUUUUCUUCCUCCUCCGGACCUGUACGCCGACAUCAUAGCUGGAGACUCCGCGCCCAUUUACAGCAAGCCAAUCAAACUCGUCUCAAAAUAGCCGAAAAUCUCCGUCUGCAAGAGGAAAAGAUGGACUGCUGGAUCUUCACUCUGAGUUCAUAACCCUCCUGUGGGGCAUGAUUAGAUGAGACCACAGUAAAUGUCACCCACACAAGCUCAAGAAGAGAUGUGUCUGUCAAGUGGGUAGAAUAAUGUUUGUGAUUGUGCAUCUGUCUGUAAGUGGCUGCAGGCAAGUUCUUCUAUAUUCAUGUAUAUUAUGUGCAAUCUGUGGGGGGAAAAAAAGCCCAUGCGUGGUGCGGUGAGAAGCUCUUCAGAUUAUUUAGACCCUUGCGUCUAAGUGUUAGUUCACUUUUGUGUGGAAAAGACACUAGUCUGUGUCUAGAGGUUGUCUAAAAAGUUUAUAAGUUUUGCAUGUUGAAACAGCUUGGCAUUUGGGUUUGGUUUUAACAGUAACCACACUUCCAUGUAAACCUUUAAAUGCAGUAAAAAGUCAGCAUUAUUUUUGCAAUAUAAUUUACUUAUUUCAGUUAGGAUUGCAACUUAAAUGUUUAUAUAGCCAUACUUUUGUAUUUGUAUUAUUAAUUAGUAUUACAUUAUUCAUUUUAUAUUUUACAAGCAGUACUUUGCGUUUAAUUGCCCCCAGUCUUCAGGGCUACUCAUUAGGGGAAAUAUGCUGACGCGUGUUUGAGUGCUGUUUAUUUAGUUAUUCUACUGCAUGUACGUUUUCUGCAAACAAAUGCCUCAGUUGCAUAAAAUCUUCUGCCUUUGUUGUUUCAAAACUGUUCCCAAAAAUGUCCCGAUUUGUCCAGUAUAGCUGCUUAAAUAUGGAUUAAAUAAAUAAAUAAAAGUCUGUAUGA